AUGGCAGACGACGAACUAGCAACCAGAGCACCCGAAAGUGACUUGGCCGAGGAUAGCGCCAUCCCCGGCGACUCGGCCGUCGACCAAGGUGCAAGUCUUGGAAAUGAACAAGCUCAAGUCCACGAAGCAGGACAAGCAACCUCAACCCCCCAAGUCCCCACCGGCGAAAUCACCAAAUUCAGCGACAUCGAAUGCUACAUUACGAAACCCGCCGACUACCCACACGCCCCCUGCAAACUCCUCCUCUUCCUAACCGGCGGCACCGGUAUCCAUGCCCCAGCCAACAAACUCCAAGCCGACGCCUACGCCGAGCAAGGUUACCUCGUCAUCAUGCCCGACCAAUUCAACAACGAUCCAGCUCCCAACUCGGUUUUCUCUGCUGCAGACAACCAGUCCAGUUUCCUCGAGCAGUUGAAACUUAGAGCUGCAGAGGUGGCAAAGAGCUUUAGGUUGGAUAUGUGGUUGGCGAGACAUACGCCUGCUUCGGUGCUGCCGAGGUUGGCCAAGGUGGUUGCUGCUGUGAGGGAUGAGUUUGCGGAUGCUGUCCAGGCUGGUGGUGGUGUGUAUUGUGUUGGUGUCAGUGUCGGUGGCAGACAUGCGUUGUUGCUCGCUAGCGAGUUGGGCGCUGAUGUCUUUGAGGGUCAAAAGGAGGUCAGUGAGGAGGCGGCUGGCAAGGUUGAGGAAGGCAUGAUUAGAAGGGGCCCAGCCGUCAAGGCUGCCGUUAUCCUUCACGGCGCUACUAUUGAGCGUGAGGACUUUGUGGCUGUCAAGUCUCCCAUUGCUUUGUUGUCUGUGGAUGAGGAUGCUCUAUUUGGCGAGGAGGUACGCGAAGCUGGAGUCAAAAGUAUGAAGGAGAAGGGCGUCGAGGUUACCGAAUGGACCUACCCUGGUGUUCCACAUGGCUUCGCAGUUGUGGGCGAGUAUCAAGACGAGGCCAUUAAGCAGGCUCAGAAGCAGGCCUUUGAGGCCGUCCUCGAGUGGUUGAAGGCUCAUUGA